CCAUUUAAAACUGUCUCCUACUCUCCUUUCAGCAAUAUAACAAGAUUUUAAGAAUUCAAGUGAGUAGAGCUUCGAAAAACGAGGUUAUAGAUUCUGAGAACCUAUCCAUACAUCUUUCCAGAUGAGUGUUUUGUAUCCCAAAAUAACCUACAAUUGAAUAAUGUUUUUAGGGGCAAUGCCUAAGCUAUAAAGAUCACAGAAGGAGUUGUUGAUGCUUUGCCAUAUGCCUCAGGCCACAACCAUUUGACUAGCAAUGAGAUAUUUUGAGUUUUAGCCAAGCAUUUUGGAAUUCGCUUCAAGGGUUAACAUUGUUGCAAACCAUCUCCUCAAUUUCACCAUUCUUUCAUAGCAAUAUUGUUCUUGUCCCUUCCCCAAAUUUACCCACAUUGAAAAGAAACUACCGAAAUUAGUGCAUUUUUGCAACCUCCGUUUUCCCCUUUUCAAUCUCUUAUCUGAACAAUAAAAAGGUAAUUUCAGGAAGAAAAUAAAAAGAAGAUCAAAUCUUGAAGUUUUACAAGUCUUGGGUGUAAAGAGGCACAUAUCAAGCUGAUAGUAGCAUGAAUCGUUUUUUCAGCCUGGAUGUGGGGUGAUAAAAAUGUAGCGACUCUACUUAGUGUUUUGAGGAGAUCAAGAUCAUCAUAUAUAUCUGGAAACUUUGUAGUGUUUUAGUUGGACUUUCCUUUAACUACGGCUAAAGCUAGUAGAAAAAGAUGUGAGUCAACUCGGGUCGGGGUUGACCAAGAUGGUUAGAUUCUUGUGCAUCUAUUCAGCCAUUCUCUAUCACAAGUCAAAGAAAUUUGUUUACAUAUCUAGCGGAGCAAUUCAUAAAUCUUUGGAACAAGUUAAAACCCUAAACCACAUGGAAACCGAAAAAAUAGCCGAAACAACAAGACAUAUAAGAAAAAGCGUGUCCCUCGGGAGCGACCUCAUAGACUAUGAUGGAAGAACAUCUGCAGAUGAAUACCCCAUGGAUUCCGAGUACACAAGCUCCCAUAAUACCGAAUCCAUAAUUGAGUUCACAGAUAAAGAUGAUAAAGAUCCCGAAAACCAAAAAUCCAAUUCACUUCAAGUAAGUUCUAAUCUCGUUAAUCAAGAAUCGGUAUCUUCCGGAUACCAACAAUCCCAUGAAGAAAUCUCGGACAACGAGUCACGAUUUUACCAAGAUUUUCCACAACAGUUGGUCAAAUCGAACUCGUUACCGUUUCUUGAAAGUUCGUUGUCUAAAUUGGUCGAUCAAUCUCAAUCUACCGAUGACUUAAAAGCUUUAGAAAGAGUCGAAACCGAAAAAAACACUACGGAUGAUAGUUCGGAUUCGUGUAACCAUGUGGGGUCCGCUAAAGAUUGGAUAGUUCCGGGGGUUGAUGAAUCGGGAAAAGAGAAAAAAAUUCAAGAAGAUUAUACGGGUCGUAAUUGGGACCGAUUGGCGAAUAAGGAUUUUAAAGUUAAACGGAUUGAGAAAUGGGUUAUGGAUCUUCAUUAUACUCCGGUCAAUGAAGUCAACAAGCCCGUGAAUCUUGAUAACCGGGUGAAUAAUGCUCGAACCACUAUUUUGGAUUGUUCGGCCACUUCGAGAAUGGGAACGAAAGGGGUUCGGGGCAUGGAUGCUGCAAAAAGUUAUAUUUCUUCAUUGAGUGGUUCAUCAUCGACUGCUCAUUUGGCUAACCAUGGUUUGGUUACAAUACCGUUUUUGAGCGCGUAUACAAACAUGAAGGAGCUUAAUUUGUCGGGAAACACGAUAGUUAGGAUCACGGCAGGCAUUCUUCCAAAAGGACUCCAUAUUCUCAACUUAUCAAAAAACAAUAUUUCUGUUAUUGAAGGGCUACGGGAACUUACUCGAAUCCGUGCACUUGAUCUGAGUUACAACCGUAUACUUCGAAUAGGACAUGGUCUAGCAGCUUGUUCAUCAUUAAAAGAACUAUACUUAGCCGGAAACAAAAUAAGCGAGGUUGAAGGUCUACACCGUCUCUUAAAACUAAAAGUCUUGGAUCUGCGUUUCAACAAGUUGUCCACCACAAAGAACCUAGGCCAGCUCGCCGCUAAUUAUAACUCAUUACAAGCCAUUGGGCUUGAGGGUAACCCGGCCCAAAAAAACGUAGGCGAUGAACACCUCAAAAAGUAUCUAACCGGGCUCCUCCCACAUUUAGCUUACUACAAUCGACAGUCAAUUAAACCGGGUUCAUUAAAAGAUCCGGUCAACCGGGCCGCCCAACUUGGCUCGUUGGACCGUAGCAUGCGGAAGUCAACUCAUUGUCGGAAAAGUCAACCCACAAGUUCUCAUGCCCGACAUGUUCGCUUGCCACCGAGUGGGAUGAAGACGGUGAAUGUAAGGCACAAUUAUCAUGAUUUGAGUAAUAAACGUAUGACCAUUGGGUCAAAGAAUGUAAUUCGAAGAACACGAAGUGAAGGAAUUUUACUUAGAGCAGCUUAGGCUGAUACAUGACAAGACAUGACAAGAUAUCAAAACAUAGAAUACGACAUGUAUUGGAUUGAGAACGAGACUAAUAUCCAUGUGAUGGAUGUGGAUAUCAUUUGGGAUUUAGUUGAUAUGGAAGAAAAAUAUGUAAAUAUAUUUUACUUUGUAUAUUGUGUACGUAACAAUUGUUAUAAUUCCAUUGCUAUAUUUUUGUCUAUAACCUGAAAUUCCAGUCGCGAAACGCAUUGUUGUAAUAAUCAUAUUAGUUGUCUAUUAUAUAAAUUUUGUAGCUACGAUAGUA